UGAUUUGUCUUGCUGAGGCCAUUUUACACUUUGAUUCACUGAAAAAUAUACGCCCCUGUCACCUGGACUUCAAUGUGACAUUUCAGGACCGAUUGCUGUUGACGUGAGGUCCAAGAACGUCAACCAGAAAAUAAUUUACACAAGCAACUGGGUCGGCAUGGCCUUUGAGCGGAGGGUUGGGCGAGGUGAUCGAAUGGGUCGCUAUGGCAACACACACAAUGAUCACAACUUUCGGGACAUGGACUACCGUGGUUAUGAGCUAGAGGAUGAGGACUCAGGAAGAGAGCACGAUGUUGGAUUGGAUGGGGAGCUGUAUAGCCACAAUGAGCAGUCAGUUGGGGUACAUGACUUUCCAUCAGGAUUUCUUCAAGACCAUCAGGGGUUACAUCAAAGAGGUAAUGGUAGAGGAGCCAUCGGACUGGAGGGGAAGGGUCUCCUGUGGCCCCCCAGCUCUCAGUCACACCCUGAUCUUGCCAAUCCCAUUCUGCAAAGAGAGGAAGAUGGAGCUAGGCCAGAGUUUGAGCAAUUAAAGUUUGGCCUGCAAGAAAGGGGUCGUGGAAAAGGCGGCAGAGGUUUUCUGGAGAACAGUGGUCCAAAUUCAGGAAGCAGGGAGGGCAACUGGGGUCAUGUUGGCAUCCACCUUGAGCAGAUGGAAUUCGGUAUGGGCAGAAAGAAAGAGGAGGAACAGUUCUCUCAUGGGAUGGGAAUAAGGGGGACUUUUCCAGGGAUGCCAGAAGAGCAAGGAUGUGGAAUUGCUGGUCCAGACUUCUCCUUUGAGGAGUUGGAGCAGAGGGACCAGGACUACCGUGCAGAUCCGGACCACAACCAGAGACCCAGCAACAUCAUCAUGCUUCGCAUGCUGCCACCUAGUGCCACUGCAAACGAGAUCCGGGCACAACUUCAGGAGCAGGGAAUCCAACCAAGAGAGGUUCGCCUUAUGAGGAAUAAAUCUUCAGGUCAGAGCCGAGGAUUCGCCUUCGUCGAGUUUAAUCUCAUACAGGAGGCCACCCGCUGGAUGGAGACCAACCAGGGAGUGCUGUCGAUUCUGGGGCAGAGAGUUUCCAUGCACUACAGCGAACCGAAACCACGAGCCAAUGAGGACUGGCUCUGCAACAAGGUUUGUGGUGUGCAAAACUUUAAAAGGAGAGAAAAGUGCUUCAAAUGCAGUGUGCCUAAAUCAGAGGCUGAACUGAAGCUACCACAACUGCAGAGGGAUUUGCCAGUUGGUCUUCAAAAAGAGGGAACCCAAGGUUUACUGCCCCUGCCAGCACCCUACCAGUCGCCGGGAGUCAGUGUCACUGCAGGGCAGGCUGCACAGCAGCCAGAUGUUGCCAAUGACACUCUAAUUCUUAGAAAUCUUGGUCCUCACACCUCAGUGGAAGCCAUUUUGGCUGCCUUGGCUCCAUUUGCCACACUCUCCCCAUCCAAUGUUCGCCUAAUCAAAGACAAGCACACACACCUUAACAGGGGCUUCGCCUUUCUGCAGCUCUCUACAAUAGUGGAGGCGUCACAGCUUCUGCAGAUCCUGCAGGCACUCCAACCAGCUCUCUCUAUUGAUGGGAAAGCUAUUGUCGUGGAGUUUGCCAAAGGUUCUAAACGUGAUGUCUUUGUGACUGAUGGUAGCAGAGUGAGUGCUGCGACAGUCGCCAGCACAGCAAUAGCUGCUGCACAGUGGGCUGUGACACAGAACACCCAGAAUGGAGCAGAUCAGAGUGCAGGGUCAGCUGUGUAUCAGCAGGGGGCAGCAGUGAGCUACAGUCAGGAAGGGCACGACGUGGGGCCAGAUGCAACAACCCCUAAGACCCAAGCAGACACCAGGGUUGCUGGCUUGCCAAGUGCGGGACCAUCCCUGAAUGGCACAUUUACAACUGGAGGUGUCCCAGCUGUCAUUACAUCUGAUGCAGUGAAGGCUGCUCCUGCAGUUCUUCAGCUGCCUCUGUCUCAUCCACAGACUGCUCUCAUCCCCACAACUGCUGCCACACCAGCUACACAGGUCGAGAUUGUUGGAAAACCCCAGCCAGCUGCUCCCAGUCAACCGGCCACCCCGGGCACUGAGCAUGAGCUUAAGGAAUACCCUGUUCCAGAUGUGUCCACAUAUCAGUAUGAUGAGAGCUCUGGCUACUAUUAUGACCACUUCACUGGGCUCUACUAUGACGCCAAUUCACAGUACUACUACAACUCUCACAAUCAGCAGUACAUGUACUGGGACGGAGAGAAAAACACCUACAUUCCUGCUGCUAACCAAUCAGCUGCUGAAGGUAGUCCAUCAAAGGAUGGUGCAGCCUCUUCAGACUCAGUGCUUUCCAGCUCUGGAAGCAAGGAGAAAAAGGACAAACCCAAGAAUAAAACUGCUCAACAGAUUGCCAAAGAUAUGGAGCGUUGGGCUAAGAGUCUUAACAGACAAAAGGAGAACAUGCGUUCUGUCUCUUCGUCUCCUGCUGUGGGCUCCACAACACUCCCCCCAGGUUACACACGAGCACACAGUCGCCUCGAUGACCACAGAGAGUCUGCGAGCGCUGAUGCAGGCUAUGCCGUUCUGGAGAAGAAGGGUGCUCUGUCUGAGAGGCCUCAGAGUUUCCUGGACCAGAUUCGACAUAGUACAGAAUCACCCCCCCAUCAGCUGGGUCUGGUCCCAGCCUACAGUGCAGAAAGUGACAGUGAAGAGGAAGGCGGUGAGAAAGAUGACAAGGAAGAGAGAAUGACGGACUGGCAAAACUUGGAGCAGAGAAAGGUCCAACUGGAGGCUCUUGGCAAAGAGAGAACAGUGGGUGGAUCAGAACCUCCAGAUGCUAAGAAGAGAAAGUUCAGCCCUGUAGAUGGCUUUACAGGUACUAGUCUUGGCGCAAGGAUGCUGCAGGGAGGUGUGAAAAGAGGGCUUCUGCUACGCAACAUGGAACAAACACUUAUCGAGGACUUUGCACAUUAACGGAAAGAAAGCUUACAUUUAAUUACAAGCUAAACCUCAUAUAAAUGAGGUUAUUAAAGACACAAUAGUUGGUGGUUACAUUUUGUUUCGUCGAAAUAUAAGAGGUGGAUAUCAGCACGGAGUGGUAUCACAGUUAGUUAAUUAGCCAAAAUGUCUGACGUGGACGAAGAUGUAGGUAACUCUGAUGCAGAAUGGGAGGAAGGCACCCUUACAGGACUCGGAGAGGACGAGAAGAUACAAGUUAACCAUUUGACCAAAGAAAUGAUAAGUGAGGGGCUUUCCCUACUUUGCCGAACAGGGAAUAAACUUGAGCAUGCUUUUGUAAAACUGGACCUUCAAGACAAAGAACUGGACGACAUAACUGUGAUUAGAAGUUAUAUUCACAUUCGUUUCCUGGACCUGUCCAACAACCACAUCAUAGAUCUUUCUGCUCUCUCAUCUCUAAACCACCUGCUUUGGUUGAAGGUUGACAAAAAUGCUGUGUCAUCCUUCAAGGGGCAACCCUUUUCUGAGCUGACCUAUUUGCAGUGGUUGAGUAUGGCAGUGAAUCGGCUAACAGACAUCGAUGGCCUGGUUGGGCCAUCCCUGGAAACGCUUAACCUCAAAGGUAAUGGCAUUCAGCGAAUGAGCGGUCUUCAGAGCAUCUACUUAUCAAAUCUAGUAACUCUAGAGCUGAGGGGAAACAACCUGGAUACCACUAAUGGCAUCAACCUCCCCAACUUAAGGCGAUUAUAUCUGGCCCAAAAUUCUAUCAAACGUCUUGAGGGUUUGGAUAAGUUAGAGCGCCUUGCCGUCCUUCAUCUUCGAGACAACCAGCUUGAAACUCUGGAAGGCCUCAGCCCUAACAUGAAAUGCCUUCAAUAUCUCAACGUCAGAGGAAAUUCAAUCACAGAUGAAAGUGCCCUACGUAGUCUUGACCUCGUAUCAAAAACCCUGCGAGCGUUGGUGUUAACUGAGAAUCCACUGGUGGAAACAGCAGACUACAGGUUGACUGUACUAAUGCUCUUGCCACAGUUAGAACGACUUGACAAAGAACCCGUCUCCUUUGAAGAGAGGACUGAAGCCCAAAGGACAAUCAAGGAACUUAAAGAAGAGGAAAUACCUGAAGCCUAAGAUUUCAAAAGGACAAUAGGAUGAGGAAAUGUCAAACUUACUUGACUGCCUUACAGAGGAAGGUUUUUUUUCUGUACAACUGGUUUACUGUAAUUGCUAAUUGUAUAUCUUAUAGUAGUCAUCAAUAACCUUGUUUAAAUUUAAUUGAUUUUGACCUCUAACAGUAAAACAGUAUCAUUCUGAUGAGUAUAUGUAAACGUACAAAUGCUGGAAAUAAGGUGGAAAUAAGUAGCAGUGUCUGGGUUGGGAUCUGAACCUUGUAUUGUACCUUGUAUUUUCCCUGAGUAAGGAUGAGAGGGCAGAAUCUGUCAGCACUUCCUUGUUGGCAGCCACCCAAAUGGUGCUUUAAAGGGGCAGUUACGUUUUCACUGAUGUACAUGGAAACUUGACAUGAUUUCGAAAAUACGCAUGUCGAAUUAACGAAAAGUUUAUGAUUAAAAAUGUUACCAGGGG